AUGGCCGUGCACUCACAAAAAUCUUCGAACAGUAAUGGUGUUGCCACCACGCCCGACUUUACUGUCAAGGCUGGCUUGGCCCAGAUGCUGAAAGGCGGGGUGAUCAUGGAUGUAGUUAAUGCUGAACAAGCGCGAGUAGCAGAAGAAUCCGGGGCUUGUGCUGUCAUGGCUCUUGAGCGGGUACCUGCCGACAUACGUCGAGACGGUGGCGUAGCCCGUAUGUCAGACCCAUCAAUGAUCAAAGAGAUACAAGCUGCCGUCACUAUCCCCGUCAUGGCGAAAGCUCGCAUUGGCCACUUCGUGGAAUGCCAGAUCUUGCAAGCUAUUGGAGUGGAUUACAUUGAUGAGAGCGAGGUCUUGACCCCGGCCGACGAUACAUAUCAUGUCGACAAAAGCCCGUUCAGUGUGCCAUUUGUUUGCGGUUGUAGGAAUCUUGGAGAGGCGCUGAGGAGAAUCAGUGAGGGUGCGGCUAUGAUCAGGACGAAGGGUGAAGCUGGAACGGGAGAUGUGGUCGAGGCAGUCAAACAUAUGAGGACGCUCACGGGUGAAAUCUCUCGCGCGAAAUCUGCGUACGAACAUGGUGGUGAUGGUGCGCUAAGAGCGAUGGCCAGGGAAAUUGGAUGCGAUCUGGCUCUGCUGAAACAGACUGUUGAACUUGGGAAACUGCCUGUAGUCAACUUCGCUGCAGGAGGCAUUGCUACACCAGCAGAUGCAGCACUAAUGAUGCAGCUGGGCUGUGACGGGGUCUUUGUCGGCAGUGGCAUCUUCAAGUCGGGAGAUGCAGCUAAGAGAGCGAAGGCUAUCGUGAGAGCAACGACACACUACCAAGAUCCUCAGGUGUUGGCAGAAGUAAGCCAGGGGCUAGGCGAGGCAAUGGUCGGCAUCAACUGUGGUAGCAUGGCGCCUAGCGAGAAAAUGGCAGGUAGAGGCUGGUAG